UGGACAAAUGACUGGCUGACAAACUGGAUGGUUGACCGAUUUAUUGCCUCAUUGACUAGCUGACUGGUUUGCUAACUGCCUGCCUGACAGACAGACUGGACUAGACUGGCCUGACCAAUUGACUGGCUGGCUGACUGGACUGAAUUAGCUGACUGACUGAUGACCGACCAACCAACCAACUCACUGACUGGUUGACUGACUUAUUAACCCAUUGAAUGGCUGGCUAGCUGGCUGCUUGACUAAAUGGACUGACUGGCUUAUUAACCCAUUGGCUGGCUGGCUGGCUUAUUAACCCAUUGGUUGACAGAACUGAUUGACUGACUUAUUAACUCAUUGGCUGACUGGCUGACUGGCUGCUUGACUGAACUGACUAACCGACUGGCUGGCUGACUUAUUAAACCCAUUGGCUGGCAGGUUGGCUGCUUGACUGGCUGGGUGACUGACUUAUUAAUCUGUUGGCUGGCUGCUUGACUAAACUGACUGACUGACUGACUGACUUAUUAGCCCAUUGGUUGGCUUAACUGAGUGACCGGCUGGCUGAUUGACUUAUUAACCCAUUGGUUGGCUGGCUGGCUGGCUGCUUGACUGGACUGACCAUCUGACUGGAUUGCAUUGACUGACUGACCCAGUGACUGACUAGCUGACUAGCUGGAUUGACUGACUGACUGACUGAGUGCAUGAAUUGUCUCACUGAAUGACUGAACUGACUGAAUGAAUGACUGAACUGUCUGACCGGACUGAAGUGACUGAAUGACUGAAUGAACUGAGGGUCUGACUGAACUGAACUGACUGUUUGAUUACCUAGACUGUCUGUCUGACUGGACUGACUGUCUGUCUGACGGAACUGGCUGAGAGAACUGUCUGACUGGAUUGACUGUGUCUGACUGAGUGAACUGACUGAAUGAACUGACUGACUGGCUGAACUGUCUAUCUGGAUUGAACUGACUAAGUGCACUGUCUGACUGGACUAAACUGACUGAACUGUCUGACUGGACUGGACUGACUGAUUGACUGAACUGUCUAAACUGUCUGACUGGACUGACUGGCUGAGAGAACUAUCUGUCUGACUGGACUGACUGAACUAACUAGACGGAACUGAGUGUUUGACUACUACAUGAACUGGUUGCUUGGCCGACCGACCGAGGUCCCGGCUGGCUAGCGUGCUGGUGGGCUGGGCUGCCUGUCUGCGGAGCCGCGGAGCCUCCCCGUCGGGCGGGGGAGGGAGGGGAGGGGACGGCGGCAGCCUCGCCCUGCCUGCUCUGCCUCUCACUCGGAGCGCAGCCUUGGAGCGCGGAGGACGCGUCGAGGGACGGAGGGAGGGAGCGAGGCGCGCCUGCUGCCUGUGUCCCACCUGGGCGCCCCAUGGCCGGGGAGAACGGCACCCUGUGGGCGCUGCCGCCCUCCUCCUCGUGGGCGGGGGGCGCGGGGUCCUCCCUCCCUCCCCCGGGGGGCUGGCCCCUGUCGCCGGCCUGGAGCGCGGGGCUGAGCUGGGCGGCGGGGCUGGCGCUGGGCGCGGCCAUGCUGGGCCUGGGCUGCACGGUGGAGCUGGGGGCGCUGGGCGCGCAGCUGCGCCGCCCGUUGGGCCUGCUCCUGGCGCUGCUCUGCCAGUUCGGCCUCAUGCCGCUCCUGGCCUUCCUCCUGGCCCUGGCCUUCGCCCUCGACGAGGUGGCCGCCGUGGCCGUGCUGCUCUGCGGGUGCUGCCCCGGGGGGAACCUCUCCAACCUCAUGGCGCUCCUCGUCGACGGGGACAUGAACCUCAGCAUCAUCAUGACCACAUCAUCCACUUUGCUGGCUCUGAUCCUGAUGCCGCUUUGCCUGUGGGUCUACAGCCGGGCCUGGAUUGAUACGCCGUUGGUGCGCCUCUUGCCCCUGGGUGCUGUCACCCUGACCUUGUGCAGCACUCUUCUCCCAAUUGGCCUUGGGGUGUUCAUUCGCUACAGAUACACCCGGGUGGCAGACAUCCUGCUCAAGGUUUCUUUGUGGUUUCUCUUGUUGUCUCUGGUGAUCCUUUUCAUUCUCACGGGUACCAUGCUGGGUCCAGAACUGCUGGCCACUAUUCCUGCCACUGUCUAUGUAGUAGCCGUGCUGAUGCCUUUGGCAGGAUAUGGCUGUGGUUAUGGCGUAGCGGCCUUAUUCCGUUUGCCACCCCACUGUAAGAGGACAGUGUCACUGGAGACCGGAUGCCAGAACGUACAGCUCUGCACCGCUAUACUCAAGUUGACUUUUCCUCCAGAGCUCAUUGGGCCCAUGUACAUGUUUCCCUUGCUGUAUGCCCUCUUCCAGGCAGCCGAAGCUGGCCUGAUUGUGUUAAUCUACAAGAUAUAUGGCAAGGACUCCUACAAGCAAGAACCUCUAGUGGGCGAUGACGAAGAUACAGACAUUUCUUACAAGAAACUCAAGGAAGAAGAAGUGCCAGAGACUUCCUAUGGCACAGUGAUUGCCGAGGGUCAUGCUUCAAUGCAGAUGGAACCAACACAGACUACUCUUUAAAGGAAGUGACUAUCUGGAAAAUCCCAUUUUAAGACCAGCAUAGCAGACUGUUUAACAAGGGAAAGAUGUAUGGAGAGGAGACAACAGUGUCAACCAGUUGCUGUAACCUUGAUUUCCUCCGUUUACAUGGUCUGUAUUUUUCUCCACAUAUAACAAUUUAGAACCACUGCAGCUACUAUUGCAGAGGAUCGUAAGUCACCAUCAAUGUAUCACAGAGAUAAUGAGCAAGCAACAAGGUUACACAUAGAAAUGAGGGGGCUUUUGAGGCAAUUUUUGAAAAAUUGGAGGAAAGAUAAGUAGCACAAGGAUGAAACCGUGACCAUAUUUGUCAAGUGUAACUGAAUGUCAUCAACCACAUUUGCUGUUUCAAAAACCCAAAGUCGUGUAUCUUGCAUAUUGUUCAGCUUUUAUGUAUGUGGAAGGGUCGAACUAAUGUUGUGUAUAAUGAUCAGUAAUUAAAUUUCUUCCAAACAUA